AUGAGCGACCGGCGACCAUCGCACCGCAGCCGCAGCCGCGACCGGCGGCGCAGCCCCGACCAGACGCGGCGACGGAGCUCCGACCGGCGCCAAAGCCGAAGCCCGGACCGACGUCGUCGUAGCCGCAGCCCCAGCGCCGAGCGGUCGCGCCGCCGCAAGCGCAGCGCCAGCCGCGAUCGUAGUCGUAGCUCCGACAACGAUCGCAAGACGAGCAAGAAGACAAGCGACAAGCGAACAUCGCGCAAGGCAGCUGAUACGAGCAGUAGCAGCGACAGCAGCAGCGACAGCAGCAGCAGCGACUCGGACGACGAGCGUCGCCGUCGUCAUGCCAAGAAGGCGUCGUCCAAGAAGGACAAGAAGGACAAGAAGAGCAAGAAGAGCAAGAAGAGCAAGAAGAAGAAAGCAUCAUCCCAUGCCAUCAACCAGAACGAAUAUGGCAAGUAUGGCAUUCUGCGCGAGACCGACUUCCACGCCAAGGCCGUCUCGUUCCAAGCCUGGCUCCGCGACGUCAAGAAGAUCCCUGACUUUAACGGACCCAAGUACGAGGCCAUGGACCACUUCCGCGACUACAUGGAGGACUACAACACGGCGACGCUGCCGCAUGCGAAAUACUACGACAUUGAAAAGUACGAGCAGCGCCAGUUGGCCAAGGAGCAGGCCAAGCGCGCCAAGCGACACAAGCCCCGCGCUGCGGAAGAAGAGGCGACGGCGUAUGCGGAGCGCAUGCGGCAGCGCGCCGAAGCGAACAAGAAGGAGUUCGCGCUCAUUUUGCAGACCAUGGACCGCGGCAAGAUCGAAAGCAUGCGCGAGCAGCAGCGCCUCCGCGACCAGAUGCAGAUGCACUACAAGGCCGGCAACAUGGACGAAGCGCGGCGCCUCGAGCACCUGCUCACCAAGAAGGACGAGGCCAAGCCCGAGCCCGAGUUCAAGCCCGACACGGGGCGUCAUUUUUAGUCUAAAAUCUAUCCACUGGAUACUGCUG